UUGGAGUCAUGUGUAAGGGAUAGAAAAUCAGAGGUGGAAUCAGAUCACUUAUUACACAUCCUCUAACUUUACCAGAGAGGGAACUGAGUUACUGAGAGGUUAAGGGACUUGCCCAAAGUCUCACAGCUAUUCCAUGAUAAAACCAGGAUGAAAAGUUUUUAGAAAGCAUAUAAAAACCAUCCACUCUGAUGUGCAUUGGGGAUUCCAUGGAUAGCAAGAUGCCUCCUGCCUUCAACCAACUUGUUGGAAUGACAGCCAAGAAAUAAAAUUAUGGUGCAUAUGAGAAGUACUGUGAAAGAAAAACAUAUACAGUAUUAUGGAACCUUGAAGACAGUAGUGAGUAGUUCUGUAAAAAGGAGACGAUGGAAAACUUCAGAGAAGAGGCAUCACUUAGGUGGGAUCUUGAAGGGUGAAUUGAUGUUUGCUGGCGGUAGGAAAGUUGUUUCAGGUAGAGGAAAUGGCAUGAUCAUCAGCACAGAGUUGUAAAACACUGACUUUGGCAAGAAAUUCUUAUUCUUGUAGAGUAUAGAGAGGAAUGCUAGUGGAAAGUUGGUAUUUUGAGAUUAGAGAGAGAAUGGAGCUAGAUUGUGAAAAGACUUGCCCAUGAUUCUAAGGAGUCUGCACUUUAGCUUGGAGGAAAUGAGGUGUCCCUGAAAGAUUUUAAGUUGAAGAGUGAUACAGUUGGAUUAUUACUCUCAGAAGUCAACUCCAGCUGCAAUGUGGAGGAUGAAGAGACUGGAGACCAGGAGACCAAUUAAAAGGCUAUGGGUAGAUACACUGUCUUUCCUAUAUACCUCAUAAUUCUUAUAGCACACAAAGGAGAGUAUUUCAUUGGGAGGAAAAUGAGUCAUUCCCUGAAGACACCAGUUACUGGUGUCCCAGAAUCAGAUAAUCCACACUUGGGAAAAGGUCACAAAGUACAUUUGUCAAAUACUGUAAAGACAAAGGAAAAACAACAAAAUAAAGAUGUUUCGGCUCACAUCAUACAGAAAGCUUGGUUAUCUCAUCUCGACAAAACUGUGUUUCAACUCCUUAAGCGUACAAUUUGUGCAGCGGAACAUCACGUGACACAUGAAAUUUUGAAGAAAGUGAGCCCCUUAGAGGCUGAGCUUGUUAAAGAUCCUUGCAUGAAGUGUAAAGUUAGAUUCAGAUUUAGUGGCGAAAUAUUUCCACCUUUCAUCGUAUUUAAAAUUUUUCUUCACACUGAAGGCCAUGGUUAUAAGUAUUUCAGCGGAAAAAAAUUUUUAAAGCCGUCAAGUGAGGCUGAGGCUGAUGCUUACAAAAUAAUGGGGAGAAAGAAAUUUUAUCAUCAAAUUAAGGAAGAUGAACGUCUUUUCCAGAAGUUCAAAAUAACUGAUGACAUAGAUAUUGUCACCCUGAAAGAUUACAUGCAAUAUUCCAGUCAUCUGGAUGAGAUCCCUGCAUCUUCUGGUGGCAGAAAUAACUGUUGGCGAAGAUUAAGCCUCGAAAACAUUCCCAGGACAAUGAUAAUGUAUGACAUAGUUGAUUAUGCCGAGUCUGGAAUAAUCUCAAAACGUCUAAAAAAAGAAAUGAAGUAUCUAUUACAAAGACCAAAAACAGAAGAGAUGCGUCAGCACCAGCUACAGAUUGUUUCUGAAGUUAGGUCCCCUUUAUCCUUGUCAAGUCUUCAACCUUUAUAUCGGCCCUACCAACAGCAAAGUCAAAUUAGACAUCUGGGUCGUCGAUCUAAACAAGCUCUAAUGAAAGUUGAAAAAAUGAAAAGAGCUUAUAAGAUGGCUAAAGAAAAAAAUGCUUCUGUGGGGUCUGAACCAAAAAUGGACAUACCAGGUGCAAAGCAGAAAGAGACAGUUGUCUUCUCCGCCCCAUCUUUUGACAUUGUGAAAGUUAAAGAACUGUCAGAUGACGAAUUGGAAAAAGAGGAAAAGGAAUUAUUUGCCUGGUGUCAAGACUUGUUUAUUAAUAACUCUCCAUCAUUUUAAUGCACAGCUAAUUGACAGAAAACCAAAUUAUUCAACAAUCUGCUUGUCUGUCUAUAAAUGAGUAUGUGCAUUAAAGGAAAACAAAAUAUAUACAAGUGCUCAGUAUGCUCUCUUAAGCAAACGUGUGACAGAUUUUAAAGCCCUUUCUGUAUUACCAUAGGUACAGGUAUUUUUUUACUGACAGAAUUUUAAUCUAAAUAAUUUCAAAUAGGUGCCCUCAAAUUAGCUGUAUAAGAUUUUCUUCAAGAAAUGGUGAGUAUUUCAUCUCUGGAACUUUAAUUCAAUUUUUAUUUUCCUUCAUUAAAAAAAAUAUCUGAACAGGACAUGCUUAGCAUAAAUAUUAGAAUUCACAGAAUAAAAGGCUGCUCUUGAGUCAGCCUCCAGUGUCUUUUUUUUCUUAUUAAUAGCAUGUUGUUUUUACAGAACAGCUUGUGAUUGACCCAUUCUGAAUUAUAAUAAAAAUAAUAAUGAAUUUGUUGCUAUAGAAGGCAUGACAUAGCAUACAUAAUUAUUAUUGAGCAUUGAAAACACCUGGGACAGAAUGCUGCAUGUGCUUCACUGUUGUACUUUGUAUUUGUUUUUAAGUAUAAAGACUAUUUU